AUGCCUAAAUCAAAGGAACUUGUUUCUUCAAGCUCUUCUGGCAGCGAUUCUCACAGUGAGGUUGACAAAAAGUUAAAAAAGAAAAAGCAAGUUGCUCCAGAAAAACCUGUGAAGAAGCCAAAGACUGGUGACACUUCAAGAGCCCGGUCAUCCUCUGAGCAGAGCAGUGAUGAGAACAUGUCCCAGAUCAGGAAAAUGAGGUACGUCAGUGUUCACGACUUUAAAGGGAAAGUCCUAACUGAUAUUAGAGAAUAUCGGAUGGGUCCAGAAGGUGAAAGGAAACCUGGAAUAAAAGGUAUUUCUUUAAAUCCUGAGCAACGGAGCCAGCUGAAGGAACAGAUUUCGGCCACUGAUGGAUGA